AACUAUAUUUCACGUUUACUUUAUAUUGCUAGUAAUAGACUUUCAUUACUGUUGCUAUUAUAAUCAUCAUUAAAUAUGCGUUUCUAUUUUAGUUUUGGAAUUUUACUUUGUUUUAUUUGUUUAAUUGCCAUACCAAUGUUUUCAUUCGGAAUGCCCUACUCAGAUGAGGAAAUUAAUAUCGUUGAAGAAGAGUAUCCUAUAUCAAAUUAUUAUAAAACUAAAAUAUCAUAUAGUUUAACUCAUGAUGAUAGUAUUGCUGUCCUUAUUUCACUUCUAGAAGAUAAGAUGAAGGGGUGUAAUCUAUCAGAUGAUAUAGACAUAAUUAUAGAAAAAACAAUAGGAAUUAAGCUAGAAAAAAAUCAAAAACAAAAAAAUAUUUUAAUAGACUUUGAUGAUAACCAUAACCAUGAAAUCGAAAUUUAUACAGAUGAUCAAAAUCAAAAUGUAAAACAGCAUGAUAAUAAUUUAUUAAAUACAGGUAAUCCAAUAUAUACAGAAACAAAAAUGGUUAAUUUGUAUAAAGUUAUAUUAAAAGUAAUGGAAGUACAAGAAAAAUCUUUAAGAGAAUCUCUUUAUAAUGGUGAUGAAAGUAAUAGUGGUACCAUCACAUACAGUUAUGCACGACAAAUUUUUACGGAUAAGAAAUUUUUUAAUGGUACAUUAUUUGGUCAUAAAACUAACGAAGUACUUAAUAAUUAUACAGAUGAGCAAAAUCAAAUUAAAUACAAUGAGCUGUUAAAAGACAUUGUCAAGAUGAUUUUAGAAUUUGGUGAUGAUGAUGAGUUUAUUUCCACUAUGUUAUACAUAUGUAUAUAAAGAUUUAACUAUCGGUAUCCAUAAAAAAUGAUUCAACAAUCAUUAAAAUAAUAAUAAUCAUACAUUUUUUUAAAAAGUAAAUAAAAUAUUUUUCAUAUUCAAAUUUUAUGUUUUAUUAUUGUUUAAAUUUAUUUUUUUGAGACUG